UGUAGCCACCUAGCCGUAGAGGGGUGUGUUAUCUGCUGGUUUUUGUACCAGUGGUUUAUACUUCAGCCUAAUGUGACACUGGAUAAUACACUUAACGUGCCCAAAGGCGUUGUCGCUUAUUUAUUCGACCCAUCAUCGUUAUGUACAUUUCUGCGUUUGCUCUGAGCGCUGACGACGUGGACAUGCUAAUAUUAGCUGAGUAGCUACCUAGCUACCUAGCUAGCUUACUUAGUGACAAGUCCUAUUCAAAGAGACUUAUUGCAUCAAAAGCUGACCUUUAUAGGUACAUCAAGGUGAAGGACGAUCCAAUGGGUUAUGUCAGAGCUAUGGCAUCGACCAGGUUACUGUGUUUGUUUAACGCGAAAGCAGCAGACUCGACCAAAACAUUAGCCAGGGCAUGCUGGAGUGUGUGCCUCAGGAGACAUGUCUGCAGUUCACCUUCAAGACUUCAUAGCUGUAUGUCAGCCUGGGUCAUUGAUCAGUAUGGGACUAAUGGGGUUAUGAAGUACACAGAGGAAAUCCCCGUCCCCACUGUCAGUUCUCCCAGUGAGGUGAUGAUUAAAGUCCAUGCGGCUAGUCUCAACCCUCUUGAUAUAUCCAUGAGGGGUGGUUAUGGAGCUAAAUUGCUUAAAUUAAGAAGGGAUCCAAUGUCUGUGAUGGACAGUGAUAAUGAGUUCCCUCUGAUUCUGGGUCGUGAUGUGUCUGGUGUAGUUGUGGACUGUGGAUCAGAGGUUACACAUGUUGUUCCAGGAGAUGAGGUGUGGGCUGCUGUUCCCCCAUGGAAGCAUGGCAGUUUGGCAGAAUUUGUGACUCUAACAGAGUAUGAGGUUUCCCAUAAACCAAAAUUAUUGAGUCACACAGAGGCAGCAUCAAUCCCCUAUGUAGCCAACACGGCUCUGUCUGCGCUUGUCAAUGCAGGUGGUCUAUGCAGAGACAGCUCUUCAAAUAAAAGAGUUUUGAUCACUGGAGGAUCGGGAGGCGUUGGAACAUUUUCUAUUCAGUUAUUGAAGGCCUGGGGUGCCCACGUAACUGUUACCUGCUCACAGAACGCAGAAGGCCUCGUUAGAGGGCUGGGGGCGGAUGAGGUGGUGGACUACACAGCAGGAGAUUCGCUUGAACAGCUAGAAAUGAUGGAGAAGUUUGAUGUGAUAUUGGACAACGUGGGUGGGGAAACGGAGCAGUGGGCGAUGGGCCUGCUGAAGCCCUGGUCUGGGGCAAAGUACGUCACACUGGUAACACCUUUACUCCUCAACACCGAUUCCUUGGGCCUAAUGGACGGGGUGUUGCAAGCUGGAUGCUCCCUGCAUAGCAAGGCCGUACAAAACAUAAUAUCAAGCGGAGUCUUCUAUCGGUGGGGAUUUUAUGCUCCUGACGGACCUGCCCUGGACGAGGUCAGCAGGCUGGUGGAUGCAGGGAAGAUCCUGCCGGUAGUGGAAGCCCAGUUUCCAUUUACCCAAGUGCCCCAGGCUUUUCAAAAGUUGGAGAAUGGCCACGCCAGAGGGAAGACAGUCGUGAGGGUGGCUGAAGAGGAUGACAAACAGGCCGGGGAGUUGGUGCAGAACAGUCGCUCAGAGGCUGAGCAAGAAGUGCAAUAAACGGCCGAGCAAAACUAGAGACAGUAAUUAGAGUGCCAAAUGAAUUGAACUGUAAUCCUUCUCACCUUUUCAAAGGCUACGCUUGACAGCAGCAGACUGUUAACCAAAGAGAGCAGAGGUGCUGCUGUUAUGCCGCAAACUACAAGCCUCACCUGAGCUUGUAAUGGCAGCAUGCCAACUAUUGCUUUUCUUAAAGCUUAUACCUUCCUGUACAGUCCUGAAGUUUUCACAAGGUGUUUGAGUUAUGCAGCAAUCCUGUCAUGGUGGAGUUAUAGCAUGAUUACCAGCCGUGGACUAAUUAAUGCCAUUCAGGUCAGCAUCCAGCCGGUACGACCAGGCUUUAAGUAGCUGUCUGAUUGCUGCAAUCUAUCUACUAAGGUGUCACGAUAAUAAGCAAAGAGGGCACUAUGAGAACAAAGACCUCCGCCAAUCCACUCCAAAUUAAUUGGGUUCUUACUUGGCCCAUGCUUCACCCUUUAAUCAAGUUUCAUUAAAUCAUGGUGGAGGUAAGAAAACACCAUUAUCAGCUGGAAAUAUUCCUCAGUAAUGUGUUUAUCCUCCAGGUGAGGAAGAAGAAGAAGCAUGAUAAGACUUUUGGAUUUCUUUUGCGUUUGUCCAUGUCGUAACCAUGGGAAUAUUUCCCGAACAUUAUGUUGGAUCUCACAUUGCGUGAAUGAGGCUUACAGUAAGUUAGCUGAACAAAAGUAAGUUAUAUAAAAUUUGGGCAAAAACAAAUAAUGGAACUUUAAAUCUGAGGCAUCAAGUCUGUAAGUUGUUGUAAACAAAGUGCUGCUCAAUGUGCUGUACAAUGUUUUAAACAAACUCAUUGACAAAAAUACUUUUAUUUUUCUGAAAACAAAAGAGUUGUGUGGUGUCAUUUUGAUUAAACAGAGAAAAAGACUCAUGAGAAAAUUGUAAUUUUU